AUGGGAGUGCACCUCCAAGGUGCCCGGCCGCUGGACGGCCCGUCCUUCAGCGGCCUCUCCAACCUGCUGCGCAUGGCAUCGACGUCGAAGCGGACCAUGUCCCAGGUCUUGGUGAGUAGCAUCCACGGCCGCCUGCCUCUGUGCAAUGGCAACCUCUCUUUUGCUGACCUCUCGCGCGCCUCGCCACAGAUCGUCGUCCAGAACUCGGUCCUCGUCGCGGUGAUGCACCGCUCCCGCGCCCUCCCGGCCGACCCCUCCAAGCCCCGAUACCUCGCCUCGACCGCCAUCCUCCUCGUCGAGAUCACAAAGCUGCUCGUCAGCCUCGCCAUCGUCACCUACACCACCGCCGCCAAGACCCCGACAGCGACGGCGACAGACCAACAACCGUCAUUCUCCUCCCUCGCCCGCCGCGUCGCCCGCUCCCUCUGCACGCACGACGCCCUCCUCCUCGUCGUCCCCGCCGCGCUCUACACCCUGCAGAACUUCCUCAUCUACGUCGCCAUCAGCAACAUGCAGGCCGUCGCCUUCCAGGUCACCUACCAGCUCAAGAUCCUGACCACCGUCUUCUUCAGCAUCCUGCUGCUGCGCAGGUCCAUCUCCGCCCGCCAGUGGGUCGCCAUGCUGCUCCUCACCCUCGGCGUCGCCGUCGUCCAGGUCUCGCAGCCCGGGAGCGGCGGCGGCGGUGGUAGUGCCGGUGCCGCCGCCGGCGCCGCCUGGCCCUCGCUCGUGGGCCUGCGCGAGUGGGUUACGUCGGCCCUCGGGGGCCACCCGUCGACGGCGACGACCACCACCCUCGAGGCCCGGGGCCACGUCAUGGUCGCCCCUACAGCACCGCACGGCCUGUCCGGCACGUCCAAGGGCGUCCUCGCCGCCGUGGGCGCCUCGGUCAUCUCGGGCCUCACGAGCGUCUACUUCGAGAAGCUCGUCAAGGACUCCCUGCCCACCGUCUCGCUGUGGACCCGCAACGCCCAGCUCGCCUUCUUCAGCCUCUUCCCCGCCGCCUUGGUCGGCGUCCUGUGGCAGGACGGCGCCGCCGUGGCCCGCGACGGCUUCUUCGCCGGCUAUACGCCGCUCGUCUGGGCCGUCAUCGCCCUCCAGGCCCUGGGAGGGAUGCUCGUCGCCAUGUGCGUCGCCUACGCCGACAACGUGGCCAAGAACUUUGCCGCCAGCCUGAGCAUCGUCGUGAGCUGCGCCAUCGGGGCGCUCGUGUUUGCCGAGCCGGUCACGCCGCACUCUGCCUUUGGCAUCUUUGCCGUUCUCCUGGCGACGUAUCUGUACCAGAGUCGCGGGUCGCGGCCCGCGAGGGAGCACCUGUUGCCCGUGAGCAAGGACGAGGAAGUAAUAAAAUAA